AUGAUACCCAAUGCUGCGAGUUCCAUUCCUGAAGAAGUGAAGGAAUUUGAUGCAACAAAAGCUGGUGUUAAGGGACUAGUGGACUCUGGUGUGACCAAGAUUCCCAGGUUCUUUGUGCACCCACCAGAGGAUGUCCAGAAGUUAUCGUCCGAGAUCAAUGGCAUCACCCUUCAGCUUCCGAUCAUAGACCUGGAAGGGUUCGAAAGUUUUCGGCGACUAGAGGUGGUCGAUGAGGUCCGCAAAGCAUCAGAAGAAUGGGGUUUCUUUCAAAUCGUUAACCAUGGAAUUCCAGUUACGGUCAUCGAUGGGAUGCUAGCAGGUGCGAAACGAUUCCAUGAACAACCUCAGGAGGUGAAGAAGGAGCUGUACUCACGCGACAAGAAAAAACCAGUGAGGUUCUACUAUGGAGCAUCGUCUCUGACUAUAAAACCAUCAGUUUGGAAGGAUUCAGCGAUGUUUUAUUUUAAGGAUGGCAAACUAGACCCUGAACUCAUUCCUGACAUUUUAAGUGAAGAGAUAAGUGCAUACAACACUCACAUAAAAAGAAUCAGCAAGAUACUUUCUGAACUCUUAUCAGAGGCUCUCGGGCUCCGUCCUGACUACCUUUUGAGCAUAGAAUGCAUGGAAAGUGAAGUUAUAAUCUGCAACUAUUACCCACCUUGUCCAGAACCAGGCUUGACAAUGGGUGCCAGCAAUCAUACAGACCCGUCUUUCCUGACCCUACUUCAGCAAGACAACAUGGGUGGCCUCCAGGUUCUUCAUCAGAAUCAAUGGGUUGAUGUCACCCCUAUGCAGGGCGCACUUAUAGUAAUUAUAGGAGACCUCAUGCAGCUCAUCACCAAUGACAAGCUCAGAAGUGCUCGGCAUAGAGUUUUUUCUGGAGAAGUCGGACCCCGGAUAUCAAUUACAUGCUUUCUCUAUCCGAGUUCAGCAAAAAACCUGAAGCAAUAUGGGAUAAUAAAGGAACUUCAACAUGGCAACCCAGCCAUAUACAGGGAAACUGAUACUGCUGAACUUAGGGAGGAGAUCCGCGUAUCAGGACCAAGUCCCUCAACCCUUUCUCGCUUUAAAGAGUGA